CGAGAGGAGGAGCUGUCAGUCAGUCAGUCACUUGGGCCCCGUUGACAUUGACACAUGGGAGAAACGGACAUAAAAAAUGCAGCUGCAUUGUAAUCUGGCCUUAACCUUGCUAGCGGUUCUUUGUCUAGAUAGUGGUCGCGGGUCGGAUUUGGACUUGAAUGGGCUCCCAGGUAGAGAAAUGGGAAUACGGAUGGCUGCCCACUUGGCACCUAGUAUUCCCCAAAAGGUUCAGGAGAACGCUGCCAUGGCAGUCAUCAGUAGAGUAAUCGGGGGACGAUCAUCUCACUUGUUUCAGGUUGAGGUCAAUAAGGGAAUAGCGCUUCGCAGCUUUAAAAUUAGCAUGCUGGACGAUGGGCGGAUACUGCUAAUGGGAUGGGAUGGUAUCUCCGUGUGCAAGGCUUUCCAUCACUACCUGAAGUAUGUGCUAAACAAGGACGUGGACUGGUUCAAGAUGCGGAUCGAGUUACCCACCAAUCUACAGUUGCCCAAUGUUACCAUCGAAUCCACUUCAGCAAGCCCGAUUAUCUAUCAUCAAAACGUGUGCACUUGGAGCUACAGCUUCGCAUGGUGGAGCUUUGACCAGUGGCGUCGUCACCUGGAUUGGAUGGCCUUGAUGGGAAUCAGCCUUACUAUUGCCCCAGUCCAGGAAGCUAUCUGGGUGGACGUGUACACGGAGAUGGGCCUUAGUCAAAAGGAUAUCAAUGACCAUUUGGCUGGACCCGCUUUUCAAGCCUGGCAGCGCAUGGGCAACAUUCGAGGAUGGGCUGGACCAUUGACACCGGAGUGGCGACGAUUGCAGCUUCUGCUGCAGCUGGAGAUCCUUUUAGCACAGCGAAAUUUGGGCAUGACUGUGGCCUUGCCAGCUUUUGCUGGUCAUGUGCCGAGGGCAAUGAGACACCUUUAUCCGAAUUCUACGUUCAUGGAGGUGCAGCGAUGGAACCAGUUCCCCGACCGUUAUUGCUGCGGACUCUUUGUGGAACCCACGGAGCCACUUUUCAAUCAGAUAGCCGAGAUUUUCUUGAGUCGCGUCGUAUCCACGUAUGGUUCGAAUCAUAUUUUCUUUUGCGAUCCCUUCAAUGAACUGGAGCCACCGGUGGCCAAGCCGGAGUACAUGCGAUCCACGGCGGCGGCGAUAUAUGAAUCCAUGCGGGUUAUUGACACCCAGGCUAUUUGGCUGCUUCAGGGAUGGAUGUUUGUUAAAAAUCCUUUCUGGACUACGGACAUGGCUGAGGCUUUCCUUACGGCUGUACCACGCGGCCGGAUACUGGUGCUAGAUCUCCAGAGCGAACAGUUUCCGCAGUACGAAGUGACUCAAUCCUACUUUGGACAGCCUUUCGUCUGGUGCAUGCUGCACAAUUUCGGUGGGACACUUGGGAUGUUCGGCUCAGCUAAGCUUAUAAAUUCCGGAAUAGAGGCAGCGCGUCGAUGGCCAAACAGCAGUUUAGUGGGUACGGGGAUCACUCCUGAGGGCAUUGGCCAGAACUAUGUGAUGUAUUCAUUGACUUUGGAACGCGGCUGGAGUGAUUCGCCCUUGGAUUUGGAUAGUUGGUUCACACUUUUCCCAUCUACACGUUAUGGUGUAAGUGAUGAGCGAUUGGAGCAGGCUUGGCUGCUGUUAAAGAAUAGUGUAUAUUCCUUCCAUGGUCUGCAGAAAAUGCGAGGGCAGUAUGUGGUUACGCGGAGGCCGUCCUUCAAUCAGGAACCCUUUACUUGGUAUAAUGCAAGCGAUAUACUGGAUGCCUGGCACUUGUUGCUCUCCUCUAGGGAUAUUAUUCCACUGGAGGAUGACAGAUACGAGAUGUAUGAGCACGAUUUGGUGGACAUAACCAGACAGUACCUGCAGAUCACAGCGGAUCAGUUGUAUGUUAAUGUAAGAUCGGCUUAUAGAAAGCGGCAGGUGCCGCGAUUCGAAUAUCUUAGCUCAAAGCUGCUUAAAUUGUUUGAUGAUAUGGAACUAAUCCUGGCAAGCAGUAGAAACUUCCUGCUAGGCAACUGGCUGGAACAGGCCAAGCGUGCGGCACCCAGUGCUGAGGAUCAAAGCAACUUUGAAUUCAAUGCCAGAAAUCAAAUCACUGCAUGGGGUCCCGAUGGUCAGAUCCUAGACUACGCCUGCAAGCAAUGGUCGGGCCUGAUGAGCGAUUACUACGCACCUCGAUGGAGUCUCUUUCUGGAAGAUGUAACUGUGGCUCUGCACUCCCAGCGACCUUUUAAUGGAACCGCUUUUAAGCAAAAAGUCUCGCAGCGAAUUGAACUGCCUUUUAGCAACAGACGCGAAAUUUAUCCUGUGGAACCAGUUGGCAAUACCUGGCUCAUUUCACAAACCAUUUUCGAGACAUGGAAGGAGUAUUCUAAGGACACUCAUUUUCUACACAACAAUCGAUUGUCUGUGCCACGAAAAUUGGGUCCCAAAUAAUUCUAUAUUUUUAUUCUAAGCAAUUGUAUGACUGCCACUUUAAAUUUCUUCUUUAAAAUGUUAAAUCGACUUUAAAUAAUCCAAAUAAAGUAUCUUUUUUUGACAAUA